AUGGAUAAAAAUCCAAGUGAAAAUAAUCAGUAUUCAACAAAUUCAUCGGGCCAAUUAUUCAAGCCGAAUAACUAUGAAAAGGCGCCAAUAAUCCAAUCAGGACAGCCCAACCCAAUUGAAUCAAAUUUAAGAGGAAUCACUCGACCAUUGGAAACUUCGAGUCAUCAAUAUUUACCUUAUACUAAUUAUCAAGGUAGUCAGGGUUAUACACUCCCCCCACAAGUUCCUACGCUGCAAUUAGGUAUGGAUCCGACUUAUACUUCUUCUCCGCAACGCCAUCAAUCGCUUAGUCAACCUCAUUUACAAGGUCCAUCACAGAAGGUCAGAAUGAGGGUAAGCAAAGCAUGCGAUAGGUGUAGGAAUCAGAAAAUCAAGUGUUCUGGAACUAUACCAUGUAAUACUUGUGUAAAACAUAAAAAGGAAUGUAAUUAUUCAACACAGAAUAGUGUGCCGAAUAACAAUAUGCCCAACUACGAAAAUGUUCCUACCAAAAGAGCGAAAACAGAAUCACCAAUUACAGAGGGUAAUUACUCCACAUAUAAUAACAAUCCUGUACCCCAAGAUGCUAACGAAAGCAAGAACACUAUCAAUGAAAAGAAGUACAUUAGUCAUUUGGAAAAUAGAGUUCAAUAUUUGGAAUCCAUACUUCUGGAAAAUUGUACUACAACAUUUAAACCAGUUGACAAUAGAGACGUUGAAGAAAAUAAUGAAGGUGUGAAGAAAAAAUUGAUUAUGUCAAGUAGUAAGUGGAGAUAUCUGCGUCGUCAUCAAGUAUUAUUAUCCGUUAAGCUAUGUCUGACUAUGUAUAAUAACUUAUCGGAAGAAAAUAAGAAAAAAGUGGUAUUACCAAGGAGCCAAUAUUUUGGUUGGAAUAUGUCAGGAUGUCACUAUGUUUCCAACGAGAGAUUGCCUGAUUUACCUGAUUUUCAGUUACCUUCUAAAUCAGAAGUGUAUUUUGAUUUCUUUUUUCGUGAAAUUAACUCUGUCUUUGCAAUUUUACAUGAAAAUUUAUUUAGAGAUCAAGCAAGGGAUUAUGAGGAAUUAUUUAAAAGUCAAGUGCAUUUGGAUGCCAGUGAAAGAGAUGCUAAAACAAACCAAACAAGGUUAUUUCUGGCCAUAUUAUAUCUUGUCUAUGCAUUAGCUAUAAGAUUUCAAGAGUUUCAAAAGAAGGAUGGACCCAGUAUAGAAAUUCUACAAUUAGAAGAACAAUUAUUCAAGUACAGUUAUAAAGUAAUCUCUAUAUUAAGCUUCGAAUGGGAAUCGUUUGAAUUGAUACAGUCUUGGUUGCUUAUAACAUUGUACUUACGGAUAUCUCAUAGGCAGACUUCAUCAUACAUGGCUUUAGGGCGUGCAACAACAAUGACACGGUCAAUGGGGUUAGGAAAGAAUAAUCCAAAACUAUUGACGGCAAAACCUUACAUACGCUUAAAGGCUAAAAGAAUAUUCUGGUGUAUAUACACUAUAGAUCGAUUAUUCGGAUUACUGUCCGGAAGAUAUGGUAGUCUAAAUGAUACUGAUAAUAUGACACCCAGUGAAAGUCUUGACUUCGAAGCGGAAAGAGAUUCUUGGUUAACCAUGCCAGCAUUUGCAUUAUUACAUGUAGCAAGAAUUUCGAACUUUAUCCAUACCUCUGUAUCAGACGAGUUUGGCUUAGUUAAAUUGCAACAAAUUAAUGGUGAAUUGGACCGUUUGAAUUCUUGGCUCAAUGAGAAUGGAUUUGACAACCAAUCAUUAUUUGAAGAUACGAAUCAAUUUCUGCCAUUAGUCAAAGCACAAGUGAGGUUACAUUACUACGAUUUGAUUAAUUGCGUACAUGGUAAGCUCUUGUUCAAUUACAUUGGAACCAAAAUAUCAAACCAAGGUUUGAAGAUUCACAUGAUUCUUGAUUCUUGUGAGAGCAUUAUUCACAUACUAGAUCAAAUAAACAACGCAAAUUUGUUAUACACACCCUGGUAUCUAUUCUUAACGUUAUUAUUUGAUAGCGGUAUCAAUGCGAUCACCUUGAUCAAUGCGGGAAUGCAUAACCUGAAGUGUAAACGAGUCCUACAAACUUCGAUAAGGUUAAUAACAGUUUUGAGUGAAGCGUCGGUAAAAAAUAAAGCAGGAGAUGUGGUUAUUGGGGGCAGAUAUACUAUGGCUAAGGAAUGCUUAUGGGCAAUCAAGAUGGCGAACCAUAUAUUAUCAUUGAGGUUAGAAGAGGAUAUGAAGGACAUCACCAGUUAUGGAAUUGACCACGGGUCUGCUGAAGUGAACAAGCAAACAUUCGAUCAAUUUGGAGUUAACAAGCAAGGUGUUGUACCGGAAGAAAAUUCGUGGCAACAAUCGGACAAUAAAGCAAAGAGACUGAAUUCAAUAAUAGACAGAGAAAAUUUACCUGCCAACCAUCAACAAGAAUCAAACUUUGCGAAUGAGUCUGAUAUUGCUUCUAAUUUAGAUAAUCCCCUUAAAUAUGAUGAAAGCUCUAUCGAUUCUCAACUUAGUAAUUUGCAUUGGUUCGAUCAAUGGUUAGAUUAUAGUUAUGAUAUUUAG